UGAGUAUACUUUCAUAUGCAUAAAACCAUCAUGGAUGAAAAGUGGUUUUUCACUUUAUAAAUACCCUUUCUUUAGCCCCCUUUACUUUACUUUCAUUUUCUUAUAUCUCUUUGUCCUUAAUAUUAAUUUUCUCUCCAUUUUGUUUCAUCACCAAAAAGGUUGAAACUAUGAGUUUUCCAAACGAAUCCAUGCCAGAUUCUCCACAGAGAGCAAAGAUUGGAAGAGGGAAGAUUGAGAUCAAGAGGAUUGAGAACACAACGAAUCGUCAAGUUACGUUCUGCAAGCGUAGAAAUGGCUUGCUUAAGAAGGCAUAUGAAUUAUCUGUGCUUUGUGAUGCUGAAGUUGCUCUUAUAGUCUUCUCGACUCGCGGCCGCCUCUAUGAAUAUGCAAAUAACAGUGUCAAAGCAUCAAUUGAGAGGUACAAGAAAGCAUGUUCAGAUUCUUCUGGUGCUAAAUCAGCUUCUGAGUCUAAUGUUCAGUAUUACCAGCAAGAAGCUGCCAAACUGCGUGUGCAAAUCAGUAACUUGCAGAAUCAUAACAGGCAAAUGAUGGGUGAAUCUUUGAGCAAUAUGAAUGGUAAGGAUCUCAGAAACCUUGAGAGUAAAUUAGAAAAAGGAAUUAGCAGAAUUCGUUCCAAGAAGAAUGAAAUGCUGUUUGCAGAACUUGAGUACAUGCAGAAGAGGGAGGUAGAGUUGCAUAAUAGUAACCAAGUUCUUAGAGCAAAGAUAUCAGAAAGUGAGCAGAGGAGCAACCAUAAUGUUAAUGUGUUGCCUGGGGGCACAAGCUUUGAAUGCAUGCAACCUCAGCAGCAGUUCGACUCUCGUGGCUACUUCCAAGUGAACGAAUUACAACCCAAUGAUCAGUAUGCCAGGCAAGAUCAGAUGUCUCUUCAAUUUGUGUAAGUUGAUCGAUGUGUUCGCGGUUGAGAAGAGCAAAGACUUAGAUUUUCUGUUAUUUGUAAUAUGGGAAUCUUAUGAUAACAGAUGGCUAAAUGAAAUAUAAGCAGAACUAUGUGUAGGGGAUUUAUUUAACAACUUCCCUUCAAAACUAUGUAGUGGCUUUGUAUCUAUCUAUAUAUUGUGAAAGCUUCUAUGACCUAUUUAGCUUGUCUACCAAGACAUUGAGUAUGGAGAUUACACAUUGGCAUGUAUCAACCUUAUUCUACUUUCCAUAUUUCCAAAUUUACAAUAUCAAUUUUACUAA